ACGUUACAACUAGUUUGAAUAAACAUAAUCGACCCAGGCUUUACAUUUAUUAUCAAUCCUUUUCAUAUUCCAGUCUAACGAGUCAUGGCUACAACCAGGUGGAAUAAAGAUAAUGGUGGCAUAAUGAAUAACCUGGUCAAUCUGGCUGGUUGAGGUGUAGAGGGAACACCACAAACCAUGCCAGGAUUUUGACUAAAUUUUACACUGCCCCUAAUAAAUCUCAUCAUCCUCCAUGUGUAUCCCUGGAUCGUAACUACAGCUAUGGUAACUCUUAUCACAGAGCAGCUUCGAAAACAGAGUUUGGAAGAACCUUAUCACAAAGCUUUCUCAUUCAAUGUGAAUGUGUCAUUACCUGCUGUGGGCUCCAGUCCCACUGUCUCAUGGAGUGCAUCUACAGUGGGAAAAGAGACUAGCUCAACUACACACCCAUCAUCUGAAGCCAACCUUCUGGAUGAUUCCUGUGGACUUGACUCCCGAUGGCUCCCUUUGCAGUGUGGAAAACCCCUCCAGAGACCAGAGGUUUCCUUCACAGACAAGGGUUUCCAAAGCUCACCUCCACCACCCCCUUCAAAACGCCACUGCCGGUCCCUUUCUGUACCAGAAGACCUAUCUCAGUGCCGUUCUACCUGGCAUCCUAGUGCGUCCAAGGUUUGGAUUCCAGUUAAACGUGGCUGCCAAAGUGGAGGAGCAUCCAUUUCAGGCUCUGGAGCCAGCUCUCUGCCACUUUGUCAUCCCAGUUCCUCUUUCACCUCUUCCUCGCUACACUCAUCUUCUAGCCCUACCUUCUUUAGUUUGGCAAUGUCCUCUGACUCCCCACUACCAUGGAGCUUCCCAUGGGACCCCUGUGACACAUUGAAAGGAGCCUGUUCUGCCUCAUUUGCUACUCCUUCUUCCUGCUCCUCUUCGCCAGCCCCCCUGAUUUCUCGCUCAGCACUUCAUCGCCGCUUCUCCCUCUCACCCGUGCACAUUCAGGAUGCCUCUGCUGUGCUCCUGCCCCCUCAGCCCUCCCCUUCUUCUGCUGUGAUAUAUGGCUGUUCUGGCAUGGAACACCCAGCCCUGUCUCCAUCUCCCACUUCAGCCUGCAGUACACCAUCCUCUUCUAGGCGUGACCUGCACCCAGCGCUGCCACGAUGCCACUCACAGCCCUGUGACAUGCGCAAACCUCGCUUGAAGAGGCGUCAUGACUCGGAUAUCCUGCCAUGCCCCAGGCCAGGCCUUGACUUCAGCAAGAUGACACAGAUUGGUAAUCGUGAGACCCUGGUGUGUGGUAAAGGUGGCUGCAUAGUCCCAGUGUCUUCCCAGACAGAGCAGUGCUUCUCCCCUGCCGAGUUCCCGGGACAAGCAAUCAUUGGGCCACUAAGUGAAAGUGAGGAAGAUGAAAGAAGAAGGACUGCAAUAGAUGGAGGACAAAAGAUGGUUUUUGAAAGGGACUGCACUGAACUGGACUUGAACCUUAUAGAAGAAAACUGACCACUCCUUGGUGCUCCCAGUGUGAAUACUGCAUUCAUGACCAUGUUAAGCACAGCUUUAGGCUUUGUGCAAUCUAGUAGAAUUCUUGGGGAAUUGCUGCCCUUUGAAGGCACACCCAGAGUUCAUAAUCAAGAACCAAGCAAUUAGGAGCUAAUAUCAAUUUACAAUGUUAUGAUUGUAACACUCUAGCUAGUUCAAGAUUUCAACAUUUUACAAAAAUGUCAGAGCACCUGCCUGUUCAGUACUCAACAUGAGGGAAAUGCGCAUGGGCAAAACAAGUUUUCAUGCACACAGUUUUGGCUAAUAUUUCAUAUUGAUGAUACAGACCUUAAUUAUAAUUAACCAUUGGUGUGCAUCUUGCAAUUAUGUAUCCUCAUCAAAGAACACAAAGUAUGCAGUAAGCAGAAUGUUCCUAAUGUUUCCUCAUAAGUGAUUUUAAUACACACUUGAAGCCAAUAGGUUAAUAGGAUGGAGAUAAGCAUUCCACAGUUCAUCAGAUGCCGCUGUAGUCUACUGUUGUACUUGGGUCCAUGAAUGCGUGUGAGCUGCUAAAGGACAAUGUUGCCAUGUGUAGGCCAAAGUAAUAUUCAAGUAUCCCAGACAAAAGAAUACUAUAUGUAAAUACUCUCCUGUAGGUUGAACAGGACACAUUCCAGGAUUUUGCUGCGGUUCCUUAAUUUCAUUACAGACCCUAAAAAGGUCUUUUUUUUUUUUUUUUUUUUUUUUUUUUUUACACUGCUGUUCAUUACUUUAGCGUCUCCUGUUUGAGCAACUCAGCGUUCUCAAAGGCAGGUUUUUCCUUUAGAAGACAAGAGAGCUCUCCCUUUCUGUCCAUGUGGUCUGUUUUUUUUUAGGUUUUGUCAGUUGCAUGGACAAUAACACACCAUGUCAACAGUCAAACUGAUAAUGUACACUGACCAUGCUUUAAUCUUAAAAUCCAGAGUUCUUGGUGCUUCAGUUUUCAUUUCACAGCCAGACAUUUUUGUAGACUCCAUUUGCGCUGAAUGAUAUAUUUUUGAGCAGGUGGUAUAGUAAAUUCAAUAACUAAGUUGAUGCUGCAGCUGGACUAGAUAGGGCACAAUGUACUGUACAGUUGGUGAGUACACAAGUCAAGCCAAUUCUGAGUAUGUGACAAAGGUGGUAGUGACGCAUAUGACUUGGUGGCCUUUCAGUAAUGACUUUUCAUGUUUCCAGAUGGAAGUAUUCCUAUUGCACAAUUUAUGUACUAUUAAAAUUUAAUAGAAUGGUAUUUUUCCCCAAAAAUGUGGCUUGUCUUUAUUCAAAAAGGACUUCCUGCUUUUAUUCAAAAACAGAAGGUGCUAGAUUAGAUUAUUCUGACACCUAG